AUGGCCGGCGCUACUGCUGUUAAGCCCAUCACGGGCAUGCUGCGACGCAACCUCGUUCUCGACCUUGGUAUCGCCCUCGGUCUUGGUUUCGCCAUGGCCAACGUCUACUGGUACGGCUUCCACAUGCCGCGCACGAACGCCCGCGACAGCUACUACGCCAAGCUCGAGCAGCAGAAGGCCGAGGCCCGCAAGGCAUAA